CCAGCUGUAGGGAGUAUUGCAAUGAUGACAAUACUAACCACUGGCAUGAGCGUCUAGACAUACCAUCGCUUGUCCCCGUCCACCAUGACCAGCCGCCUCCCCAGACUUGUUGCCUUCGACCUCGACUAUACCCUCUGGGACUUAUGGAUAGACACUCAUGUGACGCCUCCGUUGAAGCGACAGGGACAAGCGAUCAACAGCAUACGGGACAAGCAUGGCGAAGAGGUCGCGUUCUACCAUGACGUUCCCGAAAUCCUGCAUCGUCUACGUGCUGCAGAGGUCGUAGUUGCCGCGUGCUCUAGGACGCAUGCGCCAAAGCUGGCGCGCCAGGCGCUGUCGCUCUUGCUAAUUCCCCCGCAGGCCGGGGACAGACACGGCUCGCAGAGACCUGCGAUAGGGUUCUUUGACCACCUAGAGAUAUACCCAGGCUCGAAGAUACCGCACUUCCAAAGCUUGCACAAGAAAACUGGCAUACCGUAUUCUGAAAUUCUCUUCUUUGACGAUGAACGACGCAAUGCUGAAGUCGAAUCCCUCGGUGUCACUUUCUGCCUAGUGCAGCGUGGCAUGGACGACCGGACCUUUGAGAAAGGGCUCGCAGAGUGGCGGAGACGGCACCCAGUCGAGGUGGUGGAGGACGCUAGCGCCACUGUAGCGGCAGACGGCGAGUAGCUUACUGUAUGUGAUGGACCGCAAUAUCGCCAUAAUGGGUAUCAUACGCUUCUGCUGAAUAUAUUGCCAUCACAUUGAUUUCGGAUACGCAGCAGUAUAGCCAGUACAUAUGAUCAUAUUGUGAUUCCACAUGUUCAGCAGCUGAUUAUCAUUCCAAGCUCGAGUCGAACACGAGAGAG